AUGGCAGCGCUGAGCUUUCAGCCCUUUGUCCUCCGUUUGUUCAACGCGCCACUAGGUGUUGACUUCCUGCGCAACUUGAGUGCUAAGAUCUCGCCUUUCUUCGACUGCGAGCGCGAUCGAUUGUUUGCGUAUAUCAGUGAUAGUAAGAGGAGACACUUACGGCAAGAGAUGAUAGAAAAGACGCUGGAGGCCAAGAGGCGUGAGAAGCAGAAACAACGCGCCGAAGAAAAGAUGAAGCAGAUGCAAGCUAAGCCGUCCUGCAGAGAGAAAGAGCGCGAAUCGAAGACGAAAGUGAAAGCAAAGGCCACGCAAAGAAACAAUGGUAUGUUCUAA